AUGUCCAAGAAUGACUCCAUAGAAGAGUCCCCUGUGUCGUCACAGAACUCCACCUUGUCCAAAGGAGACGCCAACGAUGUCCAUGUUGUCGAAUCCGAGUCAUCUGCUCAAUCGCAGCUGGAUAAUUAUGUGUAUGGCGACGAAAAUAAUCUUAGCCGAGGUCUCCAGCUGCGUCACUUACAGAUGCUCUCUGUGGUAAAUGUGUUCGGCACUGGUUUGUUCUUGUCGAGCGGAAAAACCUUGUACUUGACUGGCAAUGUGGGCAUGGUGCUCUCGUACCUUUUUGUGGGGAUUCUUGUUGGUUUGAACCAGCUCGCCAUGAUCGAAUUAUCCACAUUCAUGCCUGUCACAGGUUCUUACAUCAGACACGGCGACCAUUUUGUCGAUAGUGCUUAUUCGUUUGCCCUUGGCUGGAUCGGUGUUUAUCAGCACGUUAUUCCGGGGGACCUUUCGGCCACGGCGGUGAUUAUGGGCUACUGGAGCGAUGUGAACCCGGCCGUAUGGAUCGCUGUUUUCGGUAUCAUCAUUGUCGCUUGCAAUUCCGUAAACAUUAGGUUUUACGGUGAGGUCGAGUUCUUUUUUGGCUCUCUUAAGGUGCUCUUGAUCGCUGGGCUUGUGAUCCUUUCCAUAGUCAUUGAUUUAGGCGGUGUGCCUAACAUUGACCGAAUCGGGUUUCGCUACUGGAAGGAAACUCCUUUCAGAGAAUACUAUACGUCAGGAAGCCUAGGGAAAUUCCUUUCGUGGUGGAAUGCCACAGGCUCCACCGUUUACGCUUUCGGUGGUGUCAAUGCCAUUUCAUUCUAUGGUGGGGAGACACGCAACCCAAGGUACUCCAUCUAUGUGGCAGGAAAGCGAAUCUUCUAUAGAGUGUUUGCCCUUUACAUGCUCACAAUCUUCAGUCUUACCCUCAUUUUGUCUGCUGACAAUCCAAGAAUCGCUAACACCACCGGUGACUCCAGCGGCUCGCCUUUUGUUAUCGCUAUACACGAAGCAGGAAUCAAAGGUCUUCCUAGUGUGAUUAACGCAGUUGUGUUGACUUCGGCAUUCUCAGCUGCUAACAUGGGCAUCACCCAGACUUCAAGAAAUUUAUUUGCAUUGGCCGCUAGGGGUCAGGCCCCCAAGUUCUUUCUCAAAACUAAUAGAUACGGUUUACCAUACUGGGGUGUGAUUGCGUCUGCUUUGUUGAUGCCCUUGGCAUUUAUGAGUGCCAGCAAAGAGUCAGCGACUGUGUUCGGCUGGUUCCAGAACUUGACCAGUGCCAACUUGCUCGUGACAUGGAUCGCUAUUGACAUCAACCACAUUGCGCUUCAAAAAGCAUUGAAAGCACAAGGGUAUUCACGAUCUGACUUGCCGUACAAAAUGCCUUUUGCUCAUUACGGAGCAUACGUUUCGCUCUUUUUCUUUAUCAUUCUUCUCCUCACUGGCGGAUACACCAACUUCUUGAACAAUAACUUCGACAUCUCGUCCUUCUUCAGCUCCUACUUCGUCAUACCACUCUUUCCGGUGUUGUACUUCUUUUGGAAGUUCUUCAAAAAGACAAAAGUCAUACGAUCUGAGGAUGUGGACUUGAAGACGUUAUUCAAGGCCGUCGAGGAGAACCCAGAGAUCAUUCAAAAGACCAAGGGAGGCUGGAGAUUUAUCAGUUUUCUCUGGGAGUAA